UCACUGACAGGCGCCGCAGCCAAUAGGGAAAGCCGAGUGUCCCGACGGGAGCGGAGGCUUGUGGAGCGCCGGCGGAGAAACAUCAGAAAUGACUAACCGAGAAGAAGCGGAGAUACAAAUUUCGGAAUUAGAUUUACUUUCUAGCAUGUUUCCUUAUGAGGAAGAGUUCAUUGUGACUGACCAGCUGGCUGUAGCAGAACUAAAGCACUAUGUGGAAAAUGAAUCUGCAGAGAUGCCGUCUUCAAAAGUGCAGUUUAUACUGAAUGUAAAGUCAGAGGUCUCUAAUGCCUCUAUGGUGGAAUUCUCUAUGGCCUGUGCAUUACCAUUUAAAUAUCCAACUGUUCUACCAGAAAUUACUGUGAGGUCAUCAUUGUUAAGCCGCUCUCAGCAGAUUCAUCUGAACUCUGACCUAAAAACAUAUUUGAUACAAAACUGCAGUGGAGAGCCCUGCAUGUUGAGUGCAAGGGAAUGGGUUAAAGACCAUGCAGCUGCUUACAUUGACAAAGAGCCUUCAUCUUCCUCAGUGACAACAUCAAAUGCCAUGCAGUCAGAAGUCAUCACGUUCACUCGAUUGUGGAUCUAUAGUCAUCACAUUUACAACAAGCAAAAAAGAAAGAAUAUUAUCGACUGGGCCAAGGAGCUUUCGCUGUCAGGGUUUUGCAUGCCGGGGAAGCCAGGUGUUGUUUGUGUAGAAGGUCUACAAAGUAGUUGUGAAGAGUUCUGGUCAAGAGUACGAAGAUUAACGUGGAAAAGAAUUCUCAUUCGGCACAGAGAAGAUGUUUCUUUGGAAGGUGGAGGACAUGCUGAGAUUCAGAAACAAAGAAAGUUCUCCACUUUGGAAGAAAAAUGUUUUGAUGCACAUGGCACCAGAGGAAAUCAUAUGGAUUUGGGGCAGCUCUAUCGGUUUCUAGAAGAAAAAGGGUGUGCUGACAUUUUUCAAAUGUACUUUGGGGUUGAAGGGCAUUGAAGGAUCCCAGUGGUGAUCUUUGUAACUUAAUCCUUAUACCAGAUUCCUUAGCUGUUCAGUUGAUCAGAGAGGGAAUUAAUAAUUUGUUAUUUAUGUGAUGAAUCCAGUUUUCAAUGAAAACAAAUGUCAGUGAAAUACUGAUUAAUGAAAAUGACUAAAUAAAUGCUUUAGUACACUUUCUGGUUUUAAGGACAGUUAGGGUGCAUACCUAAUUACGGUGAAAGAAAAUACGUUUGAUACCCUACUGGGGCAGUUACAGAAUUAUAGAUGAAUGAAUACAUGGAGUUAUGGUGAAUGAAUGUAUGAAUAAGAAGAGACAAAAAUGAAGUGUGGCUAUCUCAGGAGAGGAAAUGUGAUGUUUACAUUAUUUGUUACUGUUUAUGUACACUACAUGAAGACUUUUUUGUAACAAUCUUUUCUUCUACUUUCUACCAGAAAAUAUAUUAAGCCCUGAGAUUAAUGUUUUAUUAAAAAAAAAAAGAGGAGGGAGCAAGUUCACAAGCGCCUUCUUCAUGCAAACAGGGUGAGCUAGGGUGCCUGCUCUAAGGCAUAAGAAUUGUCCAUAGGUAAGUGUGUAUGCAGGUAAGAGAGAUACGGUGGUGGCUCCACUCCAUCUGUAGCUGCGGAGCCUAGUCUGUUUACUCAUGCAAAAGCAGAAGCUCACCAGGGAGUGGGCUCCCUGACAGUACACUCCAAACCAGCAAAACAGUCCUUACCCUGCUGAGUUCACAAGUUAGUUGUCCACUAAUUUACAGUGCAUUAUGCUGAAUUAUGUUUUUGAGUCUGGUUUCAACAAAGUUGUAUUAAUGAAUGCCGAUUUGUUUAUUUGCUUAUGGAUUCUGUAUCUAAAUCAUGUACAUGUAAUAAAAAGCCAACAUUGGUUGCUUUUGA